ACCAUACAAGCUAAUAAGAGGUGGUAAAGAAGCUCUUUGCAAUUGCAGAUUCCAGUUUUCCUUUCAAUUCACUAAAUCACUAUCUUCUUAUGCCUGUUCCUAUUAUCCGUAUAUUUAAAAAGGAUGUAUUUAGGCUAAACUUUUUUUAUGCAAAAUGCGGUGGGCCUAAUCUCUACCAAGCAGUAUCUGUCCCAAACAAAUAGUGGAAACUCACUUUAUGUUACAUAUUUUUGCCUAUAUAAGGAGCAACUCUACCAUGUCAUACCAGUAAGAAAGGCAGAAGAAAUAUCAUUGAUUAGUUUUAUUGUGUCACCUUUUCAAAUCUCUUUGUUGCUUACAAGAUAGUGAGAAAUGGAGGACAAGAUGAGUUGGACAGUUCCUGAUGCUGUAGACUACAAGGGUUACCCUGCUGAUAGGUCUAAAACUGGUGGUUGGGUACCUGCUGCACUUAUACUUGGUAUUGAAAUAUGUGAGAGGCUUUCAACAAUGGGAAUAGCUGUAAACCUUGUGACAUACUUGGGUGGAGCAAUGCAUAUUCCAAGUGCAGCAUCAGCUAAUAUUGUUACUGAUUUUAUGGGCACGUCUUUUCUUUUGUGUUUACUCGGAGGCUUUUUAGCAGACUCUUUCCUCGGCAGAUACAAGACCAUCGCGAUCUUUGCAAUCAUUCAAAUGAUGGGUACUGCUGCAUUGGCAUUAUCAACCAAAUUGCAACAAUUUCGCCCACCACCUUGUCAUUUUGCUGAUCUUAACAAAUGCCAGCAGGCCAACGGUUUCCAAAUGGGAGCUUUAUACAUUGCUUUAUACUUAAUUGCUCUAGGGACCGGUGGACUGAAAUCAAGCGUUUCUGGAUUUGGAACAGAUCAGUUUGAUGAGAAUAAUGAGAAGGAAAAGGCCCAAAGAGCAUUUUUCUUCAACAGGUUUUUCUUCUUUAUCAGCAUGGGAACUUUAAUGGCAGUCACCGUUCUUGUAUACAUACAGGAUGAAGUGGAUCGAAGCUUGGGAUAUGGGCUUUGUUCUGUCUCAAUGAUAGUAGCACUCGUGAUAUUUUUCUCUGGAAGAAAAAGAUACAGGUACAAGAAAAGUGUAGGAAGCCCUAUAGUAAUCAUAUUCCAAGUUAUUGCAGCUGCUAUUAGUAAGAGGGGGAUGGAGCUUCCUCUCAGCGUUGAAUCUUUAUAUGAGGAUUCUCCUGAAGCUUCUAGGAUUCAUCACACAGAACAGUUCCGUUUUCUGGAUAAGGCUGCAGUAGUGGCAGAAGGAGAUUUUGAUAAAAGUUGCCCUAAUUCUGCUCCAAAUCCAUGGAAACUUUGCUCGGUAACAAGAGUGGAAGAAGUGAAGAUGAUGGCAAGACUACUACCCAUUUGGGCUACAACCAUCAUAUUCUGGACUACAUAUGCUCAAAUGAUCACCUUCUCCGUCCAGCAAGCGUCUACCAUGGACAGGUAUAUGGGAAAUUUCCAAAUCCCAGCAGGCUCUCUGACCGUCUUCUUUGUGUCAGCCAUCUUGAUUAGUCUUGCAUUCAAUGACCGCGUGAUCAUGCCCCUCUGGAAGAAAUGGAAAGGAAAACCAGGAUUCAGCAGCUUACAAAGUAUUGCAGUAGGCCUUGUCAUGUCAGCUAUAGGAAUGGGAGCUGCAGCACUAGUGGAAAUGAAAAGACUAUUCGUUGCAAAAGACGUCGGACGCCACACUCCAGUCCUACCAAUAAGUGUCUUCUGGCUGAUCCCACAAUUCUUCCUUGUAGGAUCCGGUGAGGCCUUCAUCUACACAGGCCAGCUCGAUUUCUUCAUCACUCAGUCCCCCAAAGGAAUGAAAACCAUGAGCACAGGCCUUUUCCUGACCACGCUGUCACUCGGGUUUUUCUUGAGUAGCUUCCUGGUAUCUGUUGUGAAAAAAGUGACAGGAACGAGUCCCGGACACGGAUGGCUUGCUGAUAACAUAAAUUUCGGAAGGCUGGAUCUGUUCUACGCUCUUCUGUCCAUUCUGAGUGCAAUAAACUUUAUGAUAUACAUAAUUUGUGCAAUCUGGUACAAGCCCCAGAAGGCUAAGCCUGUGGUGGAGAUGAAUAGCCUGGGGAGCAAUAAUCAUGCAGAAGACAAAUGUUAGUCGAUAAUUAACAAAUUAGCUGCUAGCUAUAGGAUGCGAGCUAGCUUAAUUUGGCUAUAUGAUUUACGCGAUGAUGACGAGCAUGUACAUUAAAAAUGGUGUGGAGUGUUUUUAUUUUCAGUCUGUCAAUAGGAGUGAAUCGAUUGUGAUGUUCCGUUAUUUUCUACGAACAAAUUGUUACCGGUUAA